AUGGAGCGGGCGCUGGGGCUGCCCGCAGAAGAAGACCUCUUCCACAAGAGCCUCGCCGCCUCGGCCAAGCGCAUGGAAUCCGCCUUCCGUUCACCCCCGGGGCUCGACCUCUCCCACCCCCGCGACCGGCAACCUUCUCCUCUCGCUUGCUACGAAGCGGCGGAGCCCGAGGGGUUGCUGGCAGCCGGUGUCGGCGGGGACCCGCUGGCUCUGCCGCCGGGCUCCGUGUGUCUCAAGUACGGCGAAAGCACCAGCCGCAGCUCGGUGGCCGAGAGCAGCGGCGGCGAGCAGAGCCCCGACGACGACAGCGACGGUCGCUGCGAGUUGGUGCUGAGAGGAGCCGGGGGGGACCCGCGAGUAGCUUCGCCGGCGGCGGGCGGUGGCGGUGGAGGAGGUGGGGGGGGCGGCGGCGGCGGCGGAGGAGGAGGAGGGGGGCUGAAGGCGAGCGAGGGCGGCUGCUCCAACAGCCACGGGCACGGCGGCAGCAAGAAGUCGAAGGAGCAGAAAGCUCUGCGGCUGAACAUCAACGCGCGGGAGCGGCGACGAAUGCACGACCUGAACGACGCUCUGGACGAGCUGCGGGCCGUCAUCCCCUACGCCCACAGCCCCUCGGUCAGGAAGCUCUCCAAGAUCGCCACGCUCCUCCUGGCCAAGAACUACAUCCUGAUGCAGGCUCAGGCCCUGGAGGAGAUGAGGAGGUUGGUGGCUUAUCUCAAUCAAGGUCAAGCUAUCUCAGCAGCCUCUUUACCCAGCUCGGCGGCGGCGGCGGCGGCGGCGGCGGCCGCGCUUCAUCCUGCCCUCGGAGCCUACGAGCAGGCGGCCGGGUAUCCUUUCAGCGCCGGGCUGCCUCCCGCCACCUCUUGCCCCGAGAAAUGUGCCAUUUUCAACAGUGUCUCCUCCAGCCUCUGCAAACAGUGCACGGAGAAGCCUUAA